AUAGCUUGAUGCGGGGGAGGGGAAGCGCUAGUACCCACUCCAGGGGAAAAGGGGAACAGAAGAAAACAGCGAGGAAAGAGUGAAGGAAACACUAUCAGGGAUACGAACACAUGGAAGAAGAAACGAAUGAGACUUUUCAUUCUGAUUUGAGCAAUUUUAUGACUGGAGCAAAGAUCCAUUCAUGUGCGUUCAUGGCUCUCUUCGAUUGUACUUUUUAGAGAACUCCGUUUAAUUGCGCAUAUCAGCGAGGUUUCGGCGAGCGACUAUGUCCCAUAGUCUUUUUAGGCGCAUAUCGAUGGAAAACGCGGACGUCGUCGUUUGGGAAUAACUGUGAGCAACAUUUAGAACAAGUAGGCCUAUGCUAUCAGUCGAUAUGGGAAGAACAGAGGCAGCGGGGUGGAAAUUCCUACGGGACUCUCUCCUACUUUGUCUUUUUACCGGUCACAGUGAGGCCCAGUGUGAUGGCUGUGUGGAGUACUGCUGUGAAGGUUCUCCCCCUUUCUGCUGCUCCUACUACGCCUUUAUGGGAGAUGUCCUCUCGGGCACGGCGAUCUCAGGCAUCGUGUUUGGUGUGGUGUUUCUGAUGGGAGCGCUGGCGGCCUUCUUCCUGUGUGUGUGCAUGUGUGUGAAGAACGGGCGAGGGGCCCAGGUGGACGUGUUCAACACCUCCUACAUCAACACUGUGUCCCAGGGCUACCCAGGACCCCCACCUCCCUACACCUAUGACUAUGAGAUGUACCCUUCGGCCACGCCCCCUCCCUACACCCCCACCCCACCUAGGACAGACAGCUACUCCCCUCCCCCUCCUUAUCCGGGCUGUAAUCGCAAAUGACUUGAAGACAAAAUGGAGAGUCCUGACCAGGCUACUUGCCUUUCUGAAGGAGCACAUCAUGGAUUAAGCUUGUGCAGUGUAUUAGCAGGGAAAGAUGAGACUGUACGCAUAUCCUUUCGAACCUCUGGGUCACUUAAAAUAACUGCAUGUGGACUGGACCACUUUGACUUUUUCUUGUGGGUGUGACUGGGUCAAUUAAACUGAUUGGUGUUUUGUGUGUGUGGGGGGGGUGAAAACCUCUGAAUCACUUAAAAUGACUGUGUGGACUGAUCCACUUUUGAACAUUUGAUGUGGGGGUGGGGGUCAAUCCAACUGAUCAGCUUGUCGGAGGUGAAAACCACUAGUAGUAUUUGACUCAUAUUCUAUGUCAAUGAAUAUGAGUGAGGGGACAAAGUACGUAACUUUAUUUGAAGAUGUGGAUCUUUGUUGUACCAUUUCUCUGGUAGAGAUGUCUGUUAGCUAGCUUUCCUUUAGGCCAGGUGCUCUUCCCCUAUCUUAUUUCAACAAGGCAAAGGAGAGAAAACUGUAGCCUAGUCCUAGAUGUUUGUGCUCUAUUGCCAAUUCCUUUAUGUGGCAAUGACCUGAGGACAUAGCGAGACAGCACAAACAAAUCUGGGACCAAUCAAGGAAAACUGUGUAAAACUAUGAAUUGUACCGUAGAAACAGGAUGGUAAACAUACGGCUCCUUGGUGAAGUUUCCCCUAGGUACAGAUCUAGUAUCAGCUUCCCCUUCUCCCAAUCCCAACCUUAACUAUUAGUGGAGAUACUACAAAACUGACCCAAGAUCUAACAUCUAAAUCAAACUUUAUUUGUCACAUGCGCUGAAUACAACCUUACUGUGAAAUGCUUACUUACUGGGCCGUACGCACUGCCCUCUGUAGCGCCUUACGGUCAGAUGCCGAGCAGCUGCCAACGCAGGCGUUGAUGCAACCGGUCAGGAUGCUCUUGGUGGUGCAGCUGUAUACAUUUUUGAGGAUCUGAGGACCAUUGCCAAAUCUUUUCAGUGUCCUGGGGGGGAAACGGUGUUGUCGUGCCCUCUUCACAACUGUCUUGGUGUGUUUGGACCAUGAUAAUUCGUUGGUGAUGUGGACACCAAGGAACUUGAAACUCUCGACCCGCUUCACUACAGCCCGUCGAUGUUAAUAGGGGCCUGUUCCACCCGCUUUUCCCUGUAGUCCACGAUCAGCUCCUUUCUUGCUGACAUUGAGGGAGAGGUUAUUGUCCUGGCACCGCCAGGUCUCCUAUAGGCUGUCUCAUCAUUGUCGGUAAUCAGGCAUACACUGUUGUGUCAUCAGCAAACUUAAUGAUGGUGUUGGAGUCGUGUUUGGCCACGCAGUCAUGGGUGAACAGGGAGUACAGGAGGGGAUUAAAUACACACCCCUGAGGGGCCCCAGUGUUGAGGAUCAGCGUGGCAGACGUGUUGUUGCCUACCCUUACUACCUGGGGGCGGCCCAUCAGGAAGUCCAGGAUCCAGUUGCAGAGGGAGGUGUUUAGUCCCAGGGUCCUUAGCUUAGUGAUGAGCUUUGUGGGCACUAUGGUAUUGAACGCUGAGCUGUAAUCAAUGAACAGCAUUCUCACAUAGGUGUUCCUUUUGUCCAGGUAGGAAAGGGCAGUGUGGACUGUGAUUGAGAUUGCGUCAUCUCUGAAUCUGUUGGGGCGGUAUGCGAAUUGGAGUGGGUCUAGGGUAUCCGGGAUGAUGCUGUUGAUGUGAGCCAUGACCAGCAUUUCAAGGCCACUUCAUGGCUACCGACAUGAAUGCUACAGGCGGCAAUCAUUUAGGCAGGUUACCUUCGUUUCUUUGGGCACAGGGAUUAUAGUGGUCUGCUUGAAACAUGUAGGUAUUACAGACUCGGUCAGAGAGAGGUUGAAAAUGUUAGUGAAGACACUUGCCAGUUGGUCCGCGCAUGCUUUGCGUACACGUCCUGGUAAUCUGUCUGGCCCCGGCGACUUUGUGAAUGUUGGCCUGUUUAAAGGUCUUUGCUCACAUUGGCUACCAAGAGCAUUAUCACACAGUUGUCCAGAACAGCUGGUUCUCUCAUGCAUGCUUCAGUGUUGCUUGCCUCAAAGCGAGCAUAAAAAGCAUUUAGCUCGUCUGGUAGGCUCGUGUCACUGGGCAGCUCGCGGCUAGGUUUCCCUUUGUAGUCCGUAAUAGGUUUCAAGCCCUGCCACAUCCGACGAGCAUCAGAGCCGGUGUAUGAUUCAAUCUUAAUCCUGUAUUGACACUUUGCCUGUUUGAUGGUUCGUCUGAGGGCGUAGCUGGAUUUCUUAUAAGCGUCCGGAUUAGUGUCCCACUCUUUGAAAGCGGCAGCUCGAGGCUUUAGCUCGAUGCGGAUGUUGCUUGUAAUUCAUGACUUCUGGUUGGGAUAUGUACGUACGGUCACAGUGGGGACGACGUCAUUGAUGCACUUAUUUAUGAAGCCGAUGACUGAGGUGGUAUACUCCUCAAUGCCAUUGGAUGAAUCCCAGAACAUAUUCCAGUCUGUAUUGAGCGGGUCAAUGGUACUUCCUGACUUAGUUUUUGCUUGUAAGCAGGAAUCAGGAGGAUAAAAUGGUCAGAUUUGUCAAAUGGAGGGCAAGGGAGAGCUUUGUAUGCUUCUCUGUGUGUGGCGUAAAAGUGGUCUAGAGGUUUUUUUCUCUCUUGUUGCACAUUUGACAUGCUGGUAGAAGUGAGGUAAAAACGGAUUUAAGUUUUCCUGCAUUAAAGUUUCCAGCCACUGGGCGCAUCGCUUCUAGAUAAGCAUGGUCUUGUUCACUUAUGGUCUUAUACAGCUCAUUGAGUGCAGUCUUAGUGCCAGCAUCGGUUUGUAGUGGUAAAUAGACAGCUACGAAUAAUAUAAUGGAGAACUCUCUUGGUAGAGUAGAGGUCGACCGAUUAUGAUGUUUUUAACACCGAUACCGAUUAUUGGAGGACCAAAAAAAAUCCGAUACCGAUUAAUCGGACGAUUUUUAUUUAUUUAUUUGUAAUAAUGAUAAUUACAACAAUACUGAAUGAACACUUAUUUUAACUUAAUAUAAUACAUCAAUAAAAUCAAUUUAGCCUCAAAUAAAUAAUGAAACAUGUUCAAUUUGGUUUAAAUAAUGCAAAAACAAAGUGUUGGAGAAGAAAGUAAAAGUGCAAUAUGUGCCAUGUAAAAAAGCUAAUGUUUAAGUUCCUUGCUCAGAACAUGAGAACAUAUGAAAACUGGUGGUUCCUAUUCCCAGGUAAGAAGUUUUAGGUUGUAGUUAUUAUAGGAAUUAUAGGACUAUUUCUCUCUAACAUUUGUAUUUCAAAUACCUUUGACUGGAUGUUCUUAUAGGCACUUUAGUAUUGCCAGUGUAACAGUAUAGAUUCCGUCCCUCUCCUCGCCCCUACCUGGGCUCGAACCAGGAACACAUCGACAACAGCCACCCUCGAAGCAUCGUUACCCAUCGCCCCACAAAAAGCCACGGCCCUUGCAGAGCAAGGGGAACAACUACUCCAAGUCUCAGAGCGAGUGACAUCACCGAUUGAAACGCUAUUAGCGCGCAUCCCGCUAACUAGCUAGCCAUUUCACAUCGGUUACACCAGCCUAAUCUCGGGAGUUGAUAGGCUUGAAGUCAUAAACAGCUCAAUGCUUGAAGCAUUGUGAAGAGCUGCUGGCAAAACGCACACAAGUGCUGUUUGAAUGAAUACCAUCGCUCAGUCAGACUAUCAAAUAUCAAAUCAUAGACUUAAUUAUAACAUAAUAACACACAGAAAUAGGAGCCUUUGGUCAUUAAUAUGGUCGAAUCCAGAAACUAUCAUUUCGAAAACAAAACGUUUAUUCUUUCAGUGAAAUAAGGAAUCGUUCUGUAUUUUAUCUAACGGGUGGCAUCCAUAAGUCUAAAUAUGCAGAUUUAAAAAUAUAUACUUCUGUGUACUGAUUUUAAGAAAGGCAUUGAUGUUUAUGGUUAGGUACAGUCGUGCAACGAUUGUGCUUUUUUCGCAAAUGCGCUUUUGUUAAAUCAUCCCCCGUUUGGCGGAGUUGGCUGUCUUUGUUAGGAAGAAAUAGUCUUCACACAGUUCGCAACGAGCCAGGCGUCCCAAACUGCUGCAUAUACCCUGACUCUGUUGCAAGAGAAGUGACACAAUUUUCCUCGUUAAAAGAAAUUCAUUUUAGCAGGCAAUAUUAACUAAAUAUGCAGGUUUAAAAAUAUAUACUUGUGUAUUGAUUUUAAGAAAGGCAUUGAUUUAUAUGGAGCAACGACAGUCCUUUUUCGCGAAUGCCCACCGCUUCGAUUAUAUGCAUCGCAGGACACACUAGAUAAACUAGUUAUAUCAUCAUCAUUCAAUCAUCAAGAUUGAAUCCCCGAGCUGACAAGAUAAAAAUCUGUCGUUCUGCCCCUGAACAAGGCAGUUAACCCACCGUUCCUAGGCUGUCAUUGAAAAGAAGAAUGUGUUCUUAACUGACUUGCCUAGUUAAAUAAAGUUGUAAAAAAUACAAACGGUGUCCAAAAAUACCAAUUUCCGAUUGUUAUGAAAACUUGAAAUCGGCCCUAAUUAAUCAGCCAUUCCGAUUAAUCGAUCGACCUCUAGUCUAGAGCUUAUCAUAAGGUACUCUACCUCAGGCAAGCAAUACCUCAAGACUUCUUAAUAUUAGACAUUGCGCACCAGCUGUUAUUGACACAUAGACACACACCCCCACCCCUCGUCUUACUAGACAUUGCUUCUCUGUCCUGCCGAUGCAUGGAAAAUCCCGCCAGCUCUAUAUUAUUCGUGUCCUCGUUCAUCAACAACUCAGAGAAACAUAAGAUAUUACAGUUUUUAAUGUCCCGUUGAUCAUAUAUCAUCCAUUUUGUUUUCCAAUGAUUGCACGUUGGCCAAUAGAACGGAUGGUAGUGGAGGUUUACUCACUCGCCUACGAAUUCUCAGAAGGCCCGACCACCGCCCCUUUUUUCUCUGUCUUUUCUUCACGCAAAUUACUAGGAUUUUGGCUUGGUUCUGAAAAGGCAGUAUAUCCUUCUUGUCGGACUCGUUAAAGAAAAAAUCUUUGUCCAGUUCGAGGUGAGUAAUCGCUGUUUUGAUGUCCAGAGUUAUUUUUGGUCAUGAGAGAUGGUAGCAGCAACAUUAUCAACAAAAUCUACAAGUUCAAAAAUAAGUUACAAACAACGUUAAAAAACGAACAUUUGGUUAGGAGCCCGUAAAGCGCCAGCCAUCCCCUCCGGCGCCAUUGUCCAGAUCAGCGUCUAGGGGCAACUUCACCCUACUCUGAGCAGGGCUGCCUAUAUUUGCACAGUGAAGACGGGUCUGGGCCUGCUCUCGGAGGACUGAGGAAUGAUGAAAUUAAUCCUAUGAUGGUGUUUCUCAACAAUCUUUCAGUGUUGUUUAUAUGUUGUCGAUAUGAACAUGUUCAGGAUGAAAGUUAAAUUAAAGUUUCCAAAUCAUAUUGUCUACUCUGCCUCAAUAAAUACCCAAGAAAACCUCUAAACUCAGUACACCAGUCAAUGGCCGUGUGUGUGCAUGCACGAGCACGUACCCACGUGUGUGGGAAUCGGUAAGUGUGAAUGAGUGUAUACCAUAUCAGUGAGUGUAUACCAGAGAGGAUGUAGAAGGGAGAGAGCACAACAACAAGUCCAGCCUAGACGUAAUUUGUGCUCCAGAUUCAAGUAAAAGUAAGCCUCUGCAUAAGGGCUAUUUGAGAUGGUCAUUCUGCUCACACAAAGGAGGAAGACAGCCAGCACUUCACUGCAGUGAAAUUGCUAAGCAAAUCAACCCUUUUAUUCAAUAAGGGGUCGUGCAAGGCAAUUUUCCCACUCCUUCAAAAUGGCUCAUAUUGAAGAUUAAUCCAAUUUGUAUUUCCGACGGAAAAAUAUUCUACCUCUGCCAUAUUAUUCAGCUCCGGGGUGAAGUUUCCCCCUAGGUACAGAUCUAGGAUCAGCUUUCCCUCCCCAAAUCCUAACCUUCGCCAUUAGUCUGGGGGGGGCAAAUUAUCCAAGAUCAGUGUCUGGGCCUAGGAGCAGCUUCACCCUACACAUAGUAUUCAUGCAGGCAGCUCGAUUGGUGCCUGAAAUCACAACAGGUAGGCUACUGCUGGUUAUUGAGGUCAUAAAUAGUGCACUAUAGGGUGUCAUUUGAGACACAAACCUAAGGUCAUCGGAGCUGGUAUUGCCCGUUGGUGGUUUUUGACAUGUGCUUCAUGUCAAAAAUGUGUCACAUGGCUAUGAAAUUGAAAGUAAGUUUGUGCACAUUUCUUUAAUCUUGAGGGCCAUUUCUAUAAUACUCAAAUUGAAAUGGAUUGUGAUUUAAAUUAAUUGUGCCUACUCAAAUUUGCACCAUGAGCUGUCCAUUUCUGAAUGGUUGUGCUGGGUCUGCUGUUUCAAGGUUCAGCACCACAAUGUAAGUUGUGAGGUCAACAACUCUAAUAAAUACAUAACAUGCAAGAAACAUAUUUUAUAAAUUAAAUUAUAGUGGUAGCAAUCUAUUAAAGCUAUUUCAUCUCCGUGCUCUCCUCAAACUAAACAGAACAUAGGCUAUUCCUCACAGAAGAGAGGUUUUUGGACUAGGCCUAAUCAUAAAUUAUUUUCGGAAGAAACCUUUGACUGUGAAGGUGCACUGGAGACCUGGUGCGUAGAGCCAGCAUCAGUUGUACUGGAACAAGUCAUCUCACGGUGAGUGCGAGGAGCUGGCACAGGAUGUACUGGGCUGUGGAGGCGCAC